UAGGAUCGCACGCACCAUCGCCCGCCACAAAUAACUUGCUCCCAGCCACAACUUUUGAAUCCAUCAUGGCAGAAUCCUCGUCCUCCACAACAUUCUUCACAAAGCUCAAUGCAAGGGUAUCACAGGUGGAUUCGCUGCUCUGCAUAGGCCUGGAUCCACACGGAGCUGAAAUCCUCGGGGACGGCUUUGCCUCGGCUACGGAGGAGGCCAAGUGCGAUGCCGCCUUUACCUUUUGCAAGACCAUCAUCGACGCCACGCUUCCGUACGCUGCCUGCUACAAGCCGAACGCGGCCUUCUUCGAGGCUCUUGGUGCGAAAGACGGCAACGCGACCCUCGUGCGGGUCCUGAAGGAAAUCCCCGACGAGGUCCCCGUCUUGCUGGACGUGAAACGGGGCGACAUUGGCAGUACCGCUGCGGCGUACGCGGCGUCUUGCUACGACCACUGCAAUGCCGAUGGGGUGACGCUCUCUCCCCUGAUGGGAUGGGAUUCGGUGGCUCCCUUUAUCACAGGUAAGAGUUUGGAACGUCAAUUGAAUUGCUCGGUGACAGACGACCAUGCGAACUCGUAGUCCAAUAUUUUCGAAGCACCCUCGAAGCGCUCACCCGGAUUCUUUUGGAUGUUCUUUCCCUCGCUUCGCGCAGACAAAUACAGCGACAAGGGAGCCUUUUUGUUGUGCAAGACUUCUAACCCGGGAUCGAACGACCUCCUGGCGCUGGACCUCGCCGGUGGCGAAACCGUGUACGAACGCAUCGCAAAGCUGGCGCAGCAAUGGUCGGUCAAGAGCGGGGCUGCCAGCAGCAACCUGGGGUUGGUAGUGGGGGCCACCGAUUCGAUCGCGCUAAGCAAGGCCCGCAAGGCGGCCGGCGAGGACGUCUGGAUUCUGGCACCCGGCGUGGGGGCCCAGGGGGGAAACCUGGAGGAAGCCUUCCGGGCCGGAUGCAACGCCCAGGGAUCCGCAAUGCUGGUACCGGUCUCCAGGKGGAUCAGCCGGGCCGAAGAUCCGGGUGCUGCUGCCAAGGGACUGAUGGAGAACAUCAAUGCCGUCCGCAAUAAACUGAAGGAGAAGUCGCCAUCGUCAGAUGCUGAUGGAACGAGCGAUUCCAUCGAACCCUACCAAAAAGAAUUUCUGGAAUUCAGUCUCUCCCAGAACGUGCUGAGGUUUGGAGAAUUUACGCUGAAGAGUGGAAGGACAUCGCCGUAUUUUUUCAAUGCUGGCUUGUUUGCCUCCGGUGCGGCCUUGUUCAAACUUGGCACCGCCUACGCCUCGGCCAUCAUGAACUCCCCCGAAUUGUAAGUACGAAUGGCUUAGAAUCGACCGAUGACUGUAACAACUGUGUCGAAAAACUGUGUCGUGUGCCUGCUUCUGCUUCGAACGUUUUGGGAAUGAGGAAUACUUCAAGCUUGGUCCGUGUUAUUGAUCCGCCCCCGCGUGAGUGGCGAUGAACUGAAUUUUCACAAGCACCUGACCCAAAUACGAAGACAAAAGCAGACACACACGCAGACACGAGAGGAAAAGGUGCCACCCUUUUGUUGUCUCUACACGUCAGCGUGGUAUAUUCAGUGAGGAAACAUUUGGUCUUCUUUCACCUUAUUCCUUCGGGAAGAUGCCGGUCAAACCCAAUUCGCUGAUUCAAUUUACUUCUGAGAAUAUACCGAUGGCACGACAGCUUUCAUUGGAUGCACCUCUUUCUCGACCGCAAUCUUUCUUCUGCCCAUGUUUCCAACCAAGAACUUUUCACUAACUCUAUUUCUUCGUACUUGUUUGAUUUCAUCACUCACAAACCAUCAGGCUCGACGGGAAGGGCGGGGUCAGCUUCGACAUUGUCUUUGGGCCCGCGUACAAGGGAAUUUCAUUGGGUGCAGUGGUUUGCGCCGCACUCUACAACGACUACGGGAUCGAUGUCGGCUUUGCCUAUGAUCGCAAGGAAGCAAAGGACCACGGCGAGGGCGGAAAGCUUGUAGGGGCAUCCAUGAGCGAUGGCAAGCGCGUCCUGGUUGUCGACGACGUCAUCACCGCCGGAACCGCCAUCCGCCAGUCCCACACCAUGCUCGAGAGCAUUGGGGCCAAAAUGAUGGGCGUGGUGAUCGCCCUCGACCGUGCCGAAAAGCGAUCCCUCGACGAUCCCGUUUCGGCGGUCCAGGCGGUCCAGAGAGACCUGAACGUGUCGGCGAUUUCCAUUGUCAGCCUGCCGCAACUGCAGGUCUUUUUGGAAAAGAGCCCCGAAUAUGGAGAAGAAACACUGAACAAGGUUCGAGAGUACAGAAGGGAAUAUGGAGUCUAGCUUUGCUUGGCUUUCCAGAUAGCAGGUGAGCUUCUGGAUAGUUUCUUGAUGUAUCGAUCUCGAAUCAAGCUCUGCAAGACCGCAAUGUACCAAUUAGUCCUUAUUCAAGUUUGUAGAUUUAGCCAGUAAAAUAAUCAGAUGCGA